UACGUCACUUCCUGGUUAGGACGACAGAGAAGAGCGCGAGAUAGGAAUCCAAGAGCGCGGAGGAGAACCCGGGCUGCACCGCUGCCUCCACCGGCCAAAACAACGACAGCUCACCGACAACUCACCGACAACCAGCCUCCGGCACCGCCGCUCAACGGGUUACACACCGUAUAAACACUUCACACGACGGAGGACAUACAUGACGUGUAACGGCAGCAGGACUUUCCACCGUCGCAGCGCUAACAACAGAAACAGAGGGAAAUGUCCUGGUGGCCGCGCUGUGAGGAUGGGGAGGAAGCCAUGGUCCAAGACACCGACUCUGAUGUGGCCGAGCAGAGGGACGGUGGCAGGGUCAAGGUGAAGUGGACACAAGAGGAGGAUGACAAGCUCAAGGCUCUGGUUCAGAAACUGGGACCAACUGAUUGGAAAUAUGUUGCCAGCUACAUCCCAAAUCACACUGAACUCCAGUGUCAGCAUCGCUGGUUUAAGGUCCUGGACCCAGAAUUAAUUAAAGGGCCUUGGACCAAAGAGGAGGAUGAUAAGGUCAUAGAGCUUGUAAAUCUCUACGGCAACAAACAGUGGGCAAUUGUAGCCAGGCAUCUGAAAGGCAGACUGGGGAAGCAGUGCAGAGAACGCUGGAUCAACCACCUCAAUCCGGACGUGAAGAAGUCAUCGUGGACAGCCGAGGAGGAUCUCAUCAUUUACAAAGCUCACAGUCUGAUGGGAAACCGCUGGGCUGAAAUUGCCAAGCUGCUCCCUGGAAGAACAGACAACGCAGUGAAGAAUCACUGGAAUUCGACCAUCAAACGGAAGUUGGAGAUGGGCUUCUAUGCCGGGGAGGUCAUCAAGCCAGAUGAACUUGCAGAGAUGUGGGCCUGUGUGAAUAAGGAUUUGCAGAUUCCUGGUGUCUCUCAGGAUGGCGAUGACCACGACCCAGAGCAGAACACGCAUCCUCCAGUGCAGGAGAGGCCGUUCCCCACCCUCGAUGAAGCCAGCCUCAGCGAAGCAGGGCCGUCUAAGGCUGUCCUCUCUCCAAAGGGCAGCUCUUACAUUAAGACAGAAGUGGAUACCUCAGGAGAAGUAACCUGCACCAACUGGGUGGUGGACAGCUCUGGCUUCCUCUCCCCUGCUGGCCCGGGCCUGAAGGAGGUGAUGGACAUGGUGGAUGGGGACCUGGACGGCUGGUGCAACCUUGCAGCCUUUGACCUGCCCGAGGAGAGUCCGAGCCCCGAGCGCCACCAGUUUCGUCUGGAGGGCAGCGCAUUGCAGGAGUUGAGCAAAGGCAGCAGGGGGGAACUCAUCCCCAUCUCUCCAGGAGGGGUGACACCGCCCUCCACACUGCACCGCAGAAGCCGGAGAUACAUCGCCUUGUCUCCCGAUGCCAACAACUCCAUGACUCCGAAGAGCACUCCUGUCAAAAUCUUGCCCUUUUCUCCAUCUCAAUUCCUCAACAUGUGGACCAAACUGGAUAGUCACGACCUGGAGAACCCUUCCCUCACGUCCACGCCUGUGUGCAGCCAGAAAGCCAUUGUUACUACACCGCUGCAGCGAGACAAGACGCCCCUCACUCAAAAGGAGAACUCGGUGUUUGUGACACCCAACCACAAGUCCAAUCUCUGCGAGACUCCACGAACUCCAACGCCGUUCAAAAAUGCCAUGGAGAAGUACGGCCCUCUGCAGCCUCUGCCUCAGACUCCAAACCUCGAGGACGACAUAAACGAGGUCAUCCUAAGAGACGCUGGAAUUGACUUGGCUGUACGUUACUCUCCACCCGAGCAAAGACGCAAAACAAUGCAUCGUCCUAUGAAGAAAGUGCGGAAGUCGUUGGCCCUAGAUGUCAUGGACUGCCAAGUGACAAAACGCAAAUCCAUCAAGACUGAAUUCAAACGCAGCAUCAAGGAAGAACCUAUGUUAGUUUCUAUGAACUCCUCGUCAUCAUGCAGUAAGAGGCAUGAAAAUAUUUUGGAUCAAGGCUUCCUUUUGGGACCAGGUGACAGUGCCAUAUUUCCCAGCACGGCACCCCCAGUUCCUAUGUCAAAAGAAUGGGAGAAGGUUGUUUGUGGACAAACUAAAGACCAGCUCAUAAUGACAGAGAAAGCCAGGCGCUACCUUCGAUCUUUAAGAUCCCACGCACCCAACCGGGCUCUGAUUCUGUCCUGAGACGUCUCUCAUCUUUCCACCGACAUGUUACACAGUUUGCAAUGUUCCUGUUGCUGUUUGUUACUGCCAUUUUUAAUGUUGGAGGAAAAAACCAUGUCAUGUGUAGGUUUAGCAGAAAUUUUGAACAAGUCAUUAGCAAUCAAAACCUUAACAGUAUAUAGCUCAAUCAAUAAUUUGAGAGAGAACUAUACUUUUAGAUUUAGUCUCACUCUAGUGACCUUGUAUAGGACUGGAAGUUAGAAUCAUAUUUCAUUGUGUUGUCCGUUGAAACGUGUUUCAGAAGAACAAUGAAUGUAAAAAAGAAAAAUCACGACUCUGUGCCGUCGCUAUCUGAAAAGACAUGGUUUUACAUUGGUGAUGAUCUGUAAUUUAACAGUGUUUUAAAAUUGUGACCAGUAAAAACACUCAGGUUGGGUUUCCAUGUCUAUAUUUGUAAUAUAACAUAAUGUAGGUUUGAUUGUGGAGAAAAUUCAGACAGGUUGACUUGUGAUGCAGUUCUUGUUGAAAGUGUUAAUUGAAGAUUUUCUUGUUCCGAUCUGUUAAGCUAAUGUAUAGAUUUAUGAAAAACAUUAUCAGUCACCUCAUCAGGGGGAAAUUUGAUGCCUGCUGAAAAAUUCAGAGACUGGAGCCCACAUCAAGGUCAUUAAGAUUCAACAAAGUGAGAUGUUUGUUUUUUAUGCAAUAUUGAAAGAUUGAGAUGUGAUGGGGGAAUGGAAGCUGUACUGACCUUCGAUGGCGAUUAUGUAAUUUGGCACUGCAUGUAAAUAUAUAGUGUUGUAUGCUUUUACUUCAUCAUACAACCUUUUGCUGAGAAAUGCAAUAAAACAAAUGCUAUUGCGUCUA